UAAUUUACGAGGUAUAGAUACGAAUGACAGUAACGUAUUGUUAUGCCGUGGUGAACUAUAUCGUCAUAGAUUCAAUACGACAUACAAGAUUCCGCCGCUAUGACUUCACGAACGGAUUUUGUUAAUUAAAGAAUCAGUGAAGAGCAGACAAUCUUUUGCUUUAUUUCUCUAGAGGACCUUCUCUUACAAACUCACGACUAAAACUAAACUUAGACGUUAUGUUUUCUAAUAAGGUAAACUUAGUCUAACGGGAAAGAGGAAUAGGAAGGGAGGUUUUUUUGUGUAAUUGGGAAAUUCCUAUUUUAAAAAUGCAGGGAACAAGGGUUUGUAUAUUUUUGGGAUUAAGGAUAGUUUUAUGAUAGGAAAGGUAGGGAAUUUUCAGGGCAACGGGUCCUUAAUAGUUAUUUUAUGAUAGAGGGGCAUAACAGUAUGAUACUUUUUGAAAGAAAGGAAGAAUAAUUCGAUAAUUCGUAUUAUUCGUAUAUAUUGUAUUAUUUUACGAUAUUAUAUUGUUCGUUGGGAUACGGUUCGUUUCGUUGAAUAAAUGACACUUAAGAUUUAUGUCUUAUAUUAAAAUUUCUGUCUUCCGACCUAGCUCACACGUGGAUUUAAUACUGAAAUCUUUUAUGAGAUAUGCAUUGUAGCUUGCGCUUAAUUCAGUACCGGUUUAGCAACUGCAGCUCUCACGAGUUCAGAUGCAGCAGCGGCAUUCCGGGAAACAUGAUUUCCUAACGCGCAAUAUCCUGCCUUUUAAUUAUCCCAGACUUGUGCGGCGUGUCAAACGUCAAAUAGCUUGGACGUAUGUACACACUGUAGCGUUAUUUUUGCGUAUAGUCCAGUCACCUGCCUCUCACUUCUGAACUAUCGUGAUUAACUCGCACUGCCGUAACUUCAAACGAGCGCGGUACUCGUUCGCAACUGGAGCACGCGCUCCUUUCUCUCAAUUAAUGUCCAUAGUGCGAGAUCAUGGUAUCGCCCUAUGAGAUCGAGUUGUUGAAAAAACUCAAGAAUUUCAUAGUCCCAUACGGCCGCGCCAAGAAUGAAAUUUACGUUGUGCCAGUUUUACGCGACGGGAAGUCCGGAGAAUUAAAGUGUCGGACAGUCGUGAAAAGAUGAAUGUAAAUUUGUGAAAUUUGUUUUUCUUCUGUGAAGUAACCAAUUGUGUUUUCGAUUAUCGUGCCUUAGCGUUUAACGCGAUAGAACGCGAAAGCAAGGUAUCUUUUCGUUAGUCGAUAGUGACUUGGUGAUGUUGGAAUUUAUAAAAUAAUUGUAUAUCCGUAUAAGCUCGCCGUGUCAUUCUUAUAUGUUCGUUGGACCAACGUUAAGGAUCAGUGCUGGUUUUAGCUAUGGUGAUUUAUCUGCUGUAUUCGUUAGUGAUCUACGAGUGAGUGCGAUCGAUGUUAAAAGGUACUCGUCACGGAUCUUGCGAAUAAAUUUGAUAACACUGUUUCACGUGGAUAUGACGAAAUUUCGAGGUCCUCUGGUUCACCACGUUAAACUGGCCUAUAACAACUUAUCCAGUUUUGCUCUUACGGGAAUGACGCACACGGCGGGUCCGGCGCAACUUCCCAAAUGUCCGGCGAUCGUCGAAGAAACGAGGUUAUUGGGGAACAUUGACGACGAUGAUGAUUUUGACGGAAACACACAUCUGGUGCGUGUACCACGAUCGACGGAAGUCAGCAAUGCAUCAUCGAGCACGAAUAAAAUUAAGAUAAACAUCGAAGGGAUGAGCUGUCAAAGCUGCGUGAAAAAUAUCGAGGGCACCAUAGGUAGUCGACCGGACGUUGUCAGCAUAAGGGUAGUUCUGGAAGAGAAGGCUGGUUACGUUGAGUACAAAGUGGCUGAUACCACGGCUGACGCAUUGGUAGAAGCCAUUAAUGACAUGGGAUUUGAUGCUUCACUGUCAGUGUAUGAUGAUGACGUUACCAAUGACAGUGCUACAGCCCUCCAAUCUGAUACUAGUACCUGUAGCAUACAUAUCGACGGUAUGACCUGUAUGUCAUGCGUUAAGAGUAUAACUGGUACAAUCUCGGAGAAACCUGGUAUCAAAGACAUUGACGUUAGUCUUGAGGGCAAGGAAGCAAAAGUCUGUUACAGUAGCGGAGACGUGACUGCGAAUCAGAUAGCAAAUUAUAUUGAGGAAAUGGGCUUUGAUGCUUUUGUCAAGGAAGUCAAUGGUCGAUUGCAAAAAACUGUCUUGACGCCAGCCACAAAUAAUAAUAUUAAAAAUGGAGACGUGGUUUUACAGAUGAAUGGCGGUGGUGACGUGAAAAACGAGGAACAUUUGUCUAAAUGUUUUUUACAUAUAAAGGGGAUGACGUGCGCCUCGUGUAUUGCUGCUAUUGAAAAACAUUGCAAGAAGUUAUAUGGCGUAGACAGCAUUCUUGUUGCUUUAUUAGCUGCCAAGGCAGAAGUUAAGUACGAUCCUGAAAAAAUACGACCGGCCGAUAUUGUUUCUAGUAUUUCAGACUUGGGUUUCCCCACGACUUUGGUUGACGAACCCAGUACUGGUGAUGGCGAGAUAGAAUUAAAGAUUUCAGGAAUGACGUGUGCUUCGUGCGUUAAUAAAAUAGAAUCGACAGUUAAGAAAGUACCUGGCGUUACGUCCGCAGUGGUUGCACUCACUACUCAACGUGGAAAGUUCAAAUUUGACGCUGAAAAGACCGGCGUAAGAGAUAUAGUGGAGGCCAUUAAUAAAUUGGGUUUCAGUGCAAGUCUAUUUAGCAGCAAAGAUAAAGAGAAUAGAGGAUACUUAGAUCACAAAGAAGAGAUACGAAAAUGGCGAUCAGCUUUUCUAAUAUCGUUAAUUUUUGGAGUACCAUGUAUGAUAGCCAUGACUUACUUCAUGUUGAUCAUGUCAAUCGACAGCAAGAAUAAUCACGACAUGUGCUGCAUACUACCUGGUCUUUCGUGGGAAAAUUUAAUUUUAUUCAUUUUUUCUACCCCUGUACAGUUCUUUGGUGGCUGGCAUUUUUACGUUCAAGCGUACAAGGCCAUUAAACAUGGUUCGACCAAUAUGGACGUUCUAAUUUCUAUGACUACAACGAUAUCUUAUGUUUAUUCUGUUGCCGUUCUCACGGCAGCUAUGAUAAUGCAAGAGAAUUCAAGUCCUCAGACUUUCUUCGAUACACCUCCCAUGUUGUUAGUGUUCAUUAGUUUAGGAAGGUGGCUGGAACAUGUAGCAAAGGGAAAAACUUCAGAAGCUCUCUCAAAACUUUUGUCCUUGAAAGCAACGGAAGCUACUCUCGUGCACUUAGGAGCUAAUAAUGAAAUACUGUCCGAACGUUUAAUUAGCGCUGAUUUAGUGCAACGUGGUGAUACAUUAAAAGUAGUGCAGGGGGCUAAAGUACCCGUGGAUGGCAAAGUACUGUCCGGUCAUUCGACGUGCGAUGAAAGUUUAAUAACCGGCGAGAGCAUGCCAGUACCAAAGAAGAAAGGAUCUGUUGUGAUAGGUGGUUCGAUAAAUCAAAACGGUCCAUUGCUCAUUACGGCCACUCAUACCGGCGAGCAUACGACGCUAGCACAAAUUGUCCGUUUAGUCGAAGAGGCACAAACGAGCAAGGCUCCCAUUCAGCACUUGGCGGAUAAAAUAGCUGGAUAUUUUAUACCAUUUGUUAUAGCUGUCUCUACGCUAACCUUAAUUGUUUGGACAGUCGUGGGUUACGUGAAUAUAGACUACCUCCCACUCUCGCAUAGUGAUCAGAUUAACAAGGGGAGAUUAAAUAGAGAGGAAAUUAUAUUUCAGUAUGCAUUUAGAUGCGCCUUGUCCGUAUUAGCUAUUGCUUGUCCUUGUGCAUUGGGUCUGGCAACACCUACUGCUGUUAUGGUUGGUACUGGGGUCGGUGCAUUAAAUGGAAUUUUGAUAAAGGGCGCAGAACCUUUAGAGAAUGCGCACAAAGUCAAAUGUAUUGUCUUUGAUAAGACUGGAACAUUGACUUAUGGUGUGCCUGUUGUUACAAAGAUUGGAUUGUUUGUCAAUGACAAGGUUUGCUCGGUAGCGAAACUUUUGUCUAUUGUAGGCACUGCUGAAGUCAAUAGUGAGCAUCCUAUUGCAUCAGCAAUCGUUCGUUAUGUUAAGGAAACUAUUGGAACUGAAAUAAAUGGACAGUGUGCGCGUUUUCAAGCGGUUCCUGGCUGUGGUCUCAAAUGUACAGUUUCUCAUCUCACUGCGAUGAUGUCUUAUGCUACUAAGUCAGAGAAAGUUACGAACUAUGUGAAUCAAUCGAGAAAAAUGUCUUCCGGCACAUUUAACUUAAACAAUGUUCCUAUUGAUAUGGUGCCGUUACAAGUGUCAUCCCAAGAGAAACAAAAUUUAGAUCUCGAAGCUUUACUCAGUCCUGAUACGCAUGGCGAUCAAACGGACACUAAUGAUGUUCACGACGUUUGUAUUGGGAACAGGGAAUGGAUGAAGAGAAAUGCUGUCGCUGUUCCACAAGAAGUCGACAUGCGAAUGAUAGAUGAGGAAGAUUUAGGGCAUACCGCAGUUCUCGUUGCUAUAAAUGGCAUUUUGGUUGCCAUGAUCAGUGUUGCUGAUACAGUCAAGCCUGAAGCACAUUUAGCAGUUUACACUCUUAAGAGAAGAGGACUAGAAGUCAUUUUGUUGACGGGUGAUAAUAGGAAGACAGCAGCCUCCAUUGCCAGACAAGUGGGAAUCAGUAGAGUAUUCGCGGAAGUGCUACCAUCUCAUAAGGUAGCGAAAAUUCAACGACUUCAAGAACAAGGAUUCAGGGUAGCAAUGGUUGGAGAUGGCGUAAAUGACAGUCCAGCUUUGGCCCAAUCAGAUCUUGGUAUCGCGAUCGCUUCCGGUACCGAUGUUGCUGUGGAGGCCGCGGAUGUUGUAUUAAUGAGGAAUGAUUUGCUGGAUGUCAUAGGGUGUUUGGAUCUUUCACAAAAGACAGUUCACAGAAUAAGACUGAACUUUUUAUUUGCUAGUGUGUAUAACCUUCUGGGCAUUCCAAUAGCUGCAGGAGUGUUCAGUCCGUUCGGUUUCGUUUUGCAGCCUUGGAUGGCGUCGGCAGCCAUGGCACUAAGUUCUGUGUCGGUUGUUGCAAGCUCUCUGUUGUUAAAACUAUAUCGCAAGCCUACAAGGGUUACUUUGGAAACUCCAGAAUAUAUUACAGCAAUGCGUGCUCAUUCAGCAGCCAGGAUGAUAGACGCUGAUGCAAUAUCGUUACAUCGUGGAUUGGACGAUGGUAUGCCAUCAAUGUUACACAGAUCAACAUCAACCAUAUCCAGGCUAUUUAGCAGAUCAAGAGCUGAAGUUGAGGGACGCCUACUGGGUGAUGACGUCGAUGAAAUGGAUUUGAGUGUUGAUUUUUCUGGUUACCGAAACAACGCCAAAAACAAUACAGCAAUGACUCCACUUGCACAAGAAAUUCAGCACAGUGACAGUGAAAAGCUUACGUAAGAAACGUGAAUUUUAUUGAACAGUAUGUAACAAAAAAGCGUGUGGAAUGUUGCGUGGACCAAAGCUAUUAGAUUUAGAGUUAAAAACACAAUUUUAAAUUGGACGGGUUUAACUUUCAUCGAAGAUAUAAUCGUAUGCACCCGAUAUAUUAACUUUUACAAAUACAUUGUAAUAUAGUUACCAUCACUGAAAACGCAUAAUGCAUUAACUAAAGUAUUUUAUUAUAAUACAGACCUGAUAAUUACUAUUUGCAUAUGUAUUAUAGUAUAACUCAUUCUGCUUAAGUGAGUCUUAUGAAAUAAUGGCAAUUAUUGUAUAUAGAUAUUUUUAGCGAUCUCUACUGCCCAUUAUCUAAUUACGAUACUUUGUUCUAAGUGGCCAACAUUUGUAAAAAAAUUUAAUACACAAUUUUCUUUUGUAUUGUAUAAUUCCGUGAGCCUCCACGAGGGAGCCGUCCUAUAGGAUAUUUGAAUUAUUCUAACAGCGGAAUUUGUUUAUUCUUAUCGAAGAUACUUGCAACUCCGCCUUUCAGGAUAAAGAAAGUAGGAAAUUUUGAAUACGGAAAUCAUGAAAACCAUGUAAUGUACUUACUUCUUGCUUAGUAAAUAUAUUUUAUAUUAAUCUGUUA